GAAUCCAUGUUGACGGCAGGACAAAGGGGCGCCUGGACCAUGGGUGACGUGGUAGAGAAGAGUUUGGAAGGGCCCCUGGCACCUUCUGCAGAUGAGCCCUCCCGGAAGAGGGGAGACUUGGUGGAGAUCUUAAAUGGGGAGAAGGUAAACUUUGACGACGCGGGACUCUCCUUAAUCCUUCAGAGUGGCCUGGAGACCCUGCGAAUGGAAAACGCGCUGACAGACGUCAUCCUGUGUGUGGACAUUCAGGAAUUCUCCUGCCACCGCGUGGUGCUUGCCGCGGCCAGCAACUAUUUCAGGGCCAUGUUCUGCAAUGAUUUAAAGGAAAAGUAUGAGAAGAGGAUCAUUAUUAAGGGGGUUGAUGCUGAGACCAUGCACACUCUCCUGGACUACACGUACACCAGCAAGGCGCUGAUCACCAAGCAGAACGUCCAGCGGGUCCUGGAGGCUGCUAACCUCUUCCAGUUCCUGCGGAUGGUGGAUGCCUGUGCCAGCUUCCUCACUGAAGCCUUGAACCCAGAAAACUGUGUUGGAAUACUGAGGCUGGCUGAUACACACUCAUUGGACACUCUAAAGAAGCAGGUUCAGAGUUACAUUGUUCAAAACUUUGUGCAGAUUCUGAACUCUGAGGAGUUCCUUGACCUACCCGUGGACACUCUGCACCACAUCUUGAAGAGUGAUGACCUUUAUGUGACUGAGGAGGCUCAGGUGUUUGAGACCGUGAUGAGCUGGGUCCGGCACAAGCCAUCAGAACGACUCUGCUUACUCCCCUACAUCCUUGAGAACGUGCGCUUACCGCUUCUGGACCCCUGGUACUUUGUGGAGACGGUAGAAGCAGAUCCUCUCAUCAGACAGUGUCCAGAGGUCUUCCCACUGCUCCAGGAAGCCAGGAUGUACCACCUUUCUGGCAAUGAGAUCAUUUCGGAGCGCACCAAGCCCAGGAUGCACGAGUUCCAGUCCGAGGUGUUCAUGAUCAUUGGCGGCUGCACAAAGGAUGAACGGUUUGUGGCAGAGGUGACCUGCCUGGACCCCCUGAGGCGCAGCCGCCUGGAGGUGGCCAAGCUCCCGCUAACGGAGCAUGAGCUGGAGAGUGAGAAUAAGAAGUGGGUGGAGUUUGCAUGCGUGACAUUGAAAAAUGAGGUCUACAUCUCAGGUGGCAAAGAAACACAGCAUGAUGUUUGGAAAUAUAAUUCUUCGAUCAACAAAUGGAUUCAGAUCGAGUAUUUAAACAUAGGCCGCUGGAGGCAUAAGAUGGUAGUGCUGGGCGGUAAGGUCUAUGUGAUCGGAGGCUUUGACGGCUUACAGAGAAUCAACAACGUGGAGACCUAUGACCCCUUUCACAACUGCUGGUCGGAGGCCGCACCCCUCCUUGUCCACGUCAGCUCCUUUGCAGCCACCAGCCAUAAGAAGAAGCUCUACGUGAUUGGGGGAGGGCCCAACGGGAAACUGGCCACAGACAAGACUCAGUGUUAUGACCCCUCAACCAACAAGUGGAAUCUGAAGGCGGCCAUGCCGGUGGAGGCGAAAUGCAUCAAUGCAGUGAGUUUCCGGGACCGCAUCUACGUUGUUGGUGGAGCCAUGAGAGCGCUGUAUGCCUACAGCCCCCUGGAAGACAGCUGGUGCCUGGUGACCCAGCUCAGCCACGAGCGGGCCAGCUGCGGCAUCGCGCCCUGUAACAACCGGCUCUACAUCACCGGCGGGAGGGACGAGAAGAACGAGGUCAUCGCCACCGUGCUGUGCUGGGACCCCGAGACCCAGAGGCUGACGGAGGAGUGCGUCCUGCCCCGGGGCGUGUCGCACCACGGCAGUGUCACCAUCAGGAAGUCGUACACUCACAUCCGCAGGAUCGUGCCUGGAGCGGUGUCUGUCUGAGCGCAGGAUGGGGAGCAGCUCGGAUCCUCAGCGCGCCCGCCUCUCUGCUUACCCUCCUCCAGCCCCACUGCAGGCAGCAGCCUCGAGCUGGAGGCCGUACAGCGGGAGCUCACUUUGGGGGAAUCUUGGAAGUUGCAGUCUGCGGACACUUGAGACCAGCUAGAAAUGUUUGCAUGACCUACCUCAGAAGGGGAGGUGAGGAAGAGUAAUAGCAUCUCAGGACCCACCUACCCUAUGCCAGCUCUGUGCCAGGCGCUUCCUUCUAUCCGUUCAUUCAACCUGGUGACUGGCUUUUAUCACUUCUGGUGCCUUCGGUGAGGGAACUGAGUUCACGAAGGCUAAGUGGUGUCCUCUGGUCACUCAGCAAGUACCUACCCCAGGAGUCUAAAACCAAGGUCUUUCAGCUUUGGAGUCAAUGCUCUUUCCAUCAUGCUGCCUAUCUCAGAGCAGGAAAAACCAAAAGCCAAAAACCAAACCUGGU